AUGAAUGACGCGGUGAGCCGAAUUUAUGCCAGUGGCGGUGAUCAUAAGUCACAGUUGGAACAACUUGCUGAGCUCUUGAAGACGGUGUACAACGGAGAUGCUCCCCAAUCAACAGAUGUGACAGUUCUGACAAAUUUGGUUGAAGCUGUUGUUAAUAAAGAAACCGGGAGUUUGGUGGUUUCACGACAAUUUCUUGGACUUAUUGAUCAAGCUUUGGAAGAGCGUCCUCCAACUUCGCAGAAGUUAAUUGAAAUUGUGAAUUCGGUCUUGAAUGUUACUCAAAGUCGAGCCAUCUCAUAUGAAGAUCAGGUAACAAGUUUGCGACUGAAGUUGUCCCACGCGCUCGAAACAGAACGCCGUUGGUGUGAAGCCGCUUCGGCUUUGCUCGCCAUCAAUUUGGAAAGUAGCCAGCGCUCUCACUCGAGUUCUUUUAAAAUGGAAAUGUAUUUGCGAAUGGGACAAUUGUAUUUGGAAGGGGAUGCAACUGAUGAUGCUGAAUCAUCGGCAACCAGAGCUAGUCUUCUUCAGGCCGAGGCGAAGGAUGAAGAGCUGAACAUUGAACAUAAGGCUUUAAUGGCUCGGGUUUUGGACAGACGACGUAGAUUUAUUGAAGCAGCUCAAAGAUAUUACGAGCUUUCCCAAUGUGCUGUUGUACCGUCAUCGGACCAACUUCAUGCUAUAUCUGCCGCAAUGACUUGUACAAUUCUUGCAGCUCCUGGUACGCAGCGUACUCGUCUUUUGGCCAAAUUGAGAAAAGAGGAGAGGGCCAAAGCAAUUCCCAGCUACACACUGCUUGAAAAGCUAUUCCUAGAGCGACUUAUCAAAGUGGAUGAGUUACUUGAUUUCGAGAAAGAUUUGAAAACUUGGCAACGAAACUUCGAUAAUGGUCAGUCAAUCAUUCGGGGAGUUAUGGUUGAACACAAUAUGACAGCCGUCGGUCAAGUUUAUUCAAAUAUAGAUCUGACCACACUUGCCGCUCUUCUGGGAGUGAACGAACAAGAGGCUGAAAGGGUGGCAGCGCAAAUGAUAUCUUCUGAUCGUCUCAAGGGGAAUAUUGAUCAAAUUGGUCGUUAUUUACAUUUUGCUGAAAAAACUGCAAUUGAAAUGUGGGAUGACCAGAUUGAGCUCUUCUGUCGUCAGGUGGAGCGUGCAGCUGAGAUGAUAAUCGCUCGACAUCCAGAGCUAGACAUC